AUGGAAGAAAACAUCAACAUCAUAGAAGCUAGACAAGAACUCAUGGUCUCACCCUCAUCUGAUGAAAACCAAACAUUCAGAACUGCCUAUUUCCUUAAACCAUGCAACAAAGAACACUCUUAUUCUCUUCCACCCCAUUUCUCUAUUUCCUUUCAAACCACCACAAAUUUGCCACUAGAAGUGAAGUACAAUGGGUGGAGAAGGCCGCAAGAUGAAUGGAAGAAAUGGGUCAACAAAUUACGACCAAAGUUUGAAUUUUUAUGGAUCAAAACUGGAAUAUACCAUGCUAUCACAGCUUCUACUUAUGAAAUCAAAAGGAAUGAUGCUUUGAUCCUUCAACUUGCUGAUAGAUGGUGUUCCAAGACCAACACAUUUGUGUUCCCUUGGGGAGAAUCAACAAUCACAUUGGAAGAUAUAAAGGUUUGUUUUGGUUACUCUCUUUUGGGUGAUUCUAUUUCCACCCCUCUUUUGAACAGUGAACAAGAAGAAGCAGAAGAAGAAUUGAUUGAAGCAAGAAGAAUGUUUAACAAAACGAAAGCUAAGAAAGUUACUCAAACUGCGUGGAUGAAGCAUUUCAUGGAGAGUGAAAGUAAAGUGGAACAUGAAGCAUUUUUGGUUUAUUGGUUAUCAAGGUUUGUUUUUCCUGAAGAUUCUCAUGAUACUAUUUCGAAAACUGUUAUCCCUAUUGCAAUACUUUUAGCUCAUGGAAAUAGAAUAGCUCUUGCACCUGCUGUUUUAGCUAGUAUUUAUAGGGAUUUAACAUUGCUUAAUAGCACCAUCAAGAAAAAUGCCACAACAACCAUUAAGAGUUAUAGAGCAACUGUUUGGGCACCUUUUCAAUUGGUUCAAAUUUGGGCUUUAGAGAGGUUUUUAGCACUUAAACCACGUCCUUAUGCAAUAGGGCAUGGUUUACCAAAGGUAGCUAGAUGGGGUGGAGUAAAAAUACCGAAAAAUAAGAACUUGAAAAAGGACUUGGAUUGUGCAGGUUUUGAAAAUGGAUUUUUGUGGCAACCAUAUGAGAAUUCACCAUGCAUUGAGGUCUAUAAUGAAAAGGAUAUGUGGAGAUGUGAUAAUCCUUGUUUAGAUGAAGAGUUAGUGUCGUUUUCUCGAUGUUUGAGGGUUUGUGAGUUGGUUGGUAUGGGAUGUAAAGAGAAGUACUUCCCUCAUCGUGUCGCAAUGCAAUUUGGUAUGGAUCAAGAUAUUCCUGGUGAGGUUUUUCUUUGUAAGAAGGAUCCUUGGAUGAUUUAUAACGAGCCGAUCACAAUAGUGGAUAUAGAUUUGCUCUUUCAAUUGUGUUCUAGACAACCAAAUGUUACUUCUAGAUACUAUGAUUGGUGGCAGCAAUCGAAAUCAAGUGAGGAAGGAGAUAAUAAUAGAAUCAAGGUUGAAAAAUCUGAUGGCCUAACUCCACCUUGUUUUACUUCAAAGUUUGAGAAACAUCAAAAGGAAGCUUCUGAUGAAGAGGAUCACAAAUUAGUUUAUGAACUAUCAAGUUCUGAUGAUGAUGAAGUAGUUGAAAAUGGUAAGGCUUUGUGUAGUCCUGAGUUUAGUGAUUUUACAUCAUCGGAUGUGCUUGAUGAAGAUGAAAUCAAGAGUCUAUUUUGUGAUAGGAAUGGUGAGAAAGAGGAAAGUGUCGGUCCUUUGAUAUUAGACAUCGCAUUUGAUGUUGAAAACAGGAUCAAGAAACUUGAAAGAGAGGUUGCUAAGCUCAAACAAGCAAGAUUUGGCUCUAAGGUUGAAAUUGUUGGAGCCAAAGCUAAGCCAUAGUACGUUUUUGAUUUGUAAACCACAUUUUUUUGCUGGUUGUGUAAUAGUUUACUUCAGUUUGUUGCUAGUAGUCCCCUUUUUUUGUGCAGCUUGUUAUAGUUGCUUUCAAUUGUAGUAAUUAGUAGGUGAUUAAUAUUUAAUAUGAACUGGUACUGAACUUGGGAU